AUGGCCUCUCUUCGGACAUCCUUGAACACAGUUCGGAAUCUCCUGACUCCCCGUCAUCUCUCUCUCCAAGCGACCAACAAUCAAUUAUCGACCACGCCUGGCCCCAACAGUAUGCUACGUCGGUCUUUACAUCAAAGUAGGACUUCCAAACUGGCCAGUCCCACCUCUUCAACCUCUACCUCAUCCUCCAGAUUGUCAUCCACACCACACGUUUCCAACGGACCUCGACCGACUGGAUCGACAGCAUCGUCUUCAUCUACAUCCAGUACAGGCGGCUCAUCCUCUGGGAAAAAGCCUCCCAGUCGUCAUCUCAUAUGGUACAGGGAGAUCGUCCCGGCCAUGCUCCCCAUCAUCUUUCUCUCCUCCACCAUCUUCCUCUCCUUGACACUCGUUCGGACCCAUUUGUCCCAUCGGAAAUCCCUCGAGGAAUCCACGGCCAAGAUUCAAGAGCUGGAACUCCAACUUGCCAAACUCAGAAGAGAACAACGUAUAGCGAGGGAGAGGGAGAAGAGGGAACGGGAGAGGAUAUUGCCCUUGCUCGUUGGCAGAGUAUUGAAAAAGGUCGGUGUGGUAGGCCACGAGGAAGAAAUGGAGGUGGGAGCAGAGGAAGACGAGAGGCUGGUGGUGUAG